UAGAAUGGUGCAGAAAUCUCUCAACGGCGGGGUUUACCCAACUCAAGCCGGAGAGAAGAAGCACAAAGUCGGAUUUGUUGGAUUGGACCCGGGGGCUCCCGAAUCCAGCAGGGAUGGGGCGCUGCUCAUUGCGGGCUCGGAAAGCACCAAGCGGAGCAGCAUCCUCUGCAGACAGAGGUCCAGCAUCUCCGCCGGGAGACCCAGACCGUCGAAGAAAAACGCCAGCUAUCGGAAACUACAGAAUUUCCUCUAUAAUGCGCUGGAGAGACCGCGGGGAUGGGCGUUCAUCUACCACGCUUAUGUAUUCCUCUUGGUCUUCUCUUGUCUCAUACUCUCGGUGUUUGCCACCAUCAAAGAGUUCAAGAAUAGCUCAGAGAGUGCCUUGUACAUUCUGGAAAUUGUGACCAUCGUGGUGUUCGGAGUGGAGUACAUUGUCAGGAUAUGGGCUGCCGGCUGCUGCUGUCGAUACAGAGGAUGGAGAGGGAGGCUGAAAUUUGCCAGAAAGCCUUUUUGUGUCAUAGACAUCAUGGUACUGAUCGCCUCAGUGUCUGUACUGGCAGCAGGAUCUCAGGGCAAUGUUUUUGCCACCUCUGCCAUCAGGAGUUUGAGAUUCCUGCAGAUCCUGCGCAUGCUGCGUAUGGACCGGCGUGGAGGCACCUGGAAGCUGCUCGGAUCUGUAGUUUAUGCCCACAGCAAGGAGCUCAUCACAGCGUGGUACAUUGGCUUCCUGUGCCUGAUCCUGGCUUCCUUCCUGGUCUACUCUGUGGAGAAGGAGUUAAAUGACGAGUUUGAGACCUACGCUGACGCUCUUUGGUGGGGACUGAUCACUCUCACUACCAUUGGCUAUGGUGAUAAGGUUCCUAAGACCUGGUAUGGACGCUUGCUGGCAGCCACAUUCAGCAUGAUCGGGGUGGCCUUCUUUGCACUUCCUGCUGGCAUCCUGGGUUCUGGCUUUGCCCUCAAAGUCCAGGAGCAACACAGGCAAAAACAUUUUGAGAAGAGACGUAACCCUGCAGCAGGCCUCAUCCAGGCUGCUUGGAGGUUUUAUGCUACCAACCUUUCCCGUACAGAUCUGCUGUGUACUUGGGAUUUUUAUGAGCAGACUGUAGCUAUCCCAAUGUACAGGCUUAUUCCACCCCUGAAUCAGCUGGACCUGCUGAGGAAUCUGAAGGGCAAGUCAUUCAGGAAGGAGUCUCAGACAGAAACCUCUCCCAGUAAUGAAAAUGCACACAAAGACAGACUUUGCGGGUGCUGUCCGAGAACUAUUAGUCGGAAGGCCAGCCUGAAGGACAAGGUGUUUCCCAGUCCUUCCAAGGCUCCCAUAGCCAAGGGGAAGGUCCAGUCUCCGGGGCCAGAGGAGGGGGCUGAAGCAAGUCCCAGCAAGGUCACCAAGAGCUGGAGCUUCAAUGAGAAGAACAGAGGGCCGAAGCAUGCCUUCAGAGCCCGCGGCACCACUUCACGCCAAAACUCAGAGGAGGCGAGCCUCCCAGGAGAGGAAAUUGGUGACGAUAAGAGCUGCCACUGUGAGUUUCUUACUCAAGAAUUACCUCCGGGAUUGAAGGUUGCAAUAAGGGCAAUCUGCAUCAUGAGGUUUCUGGUGUCAAAGAGGAGGUUCAAAGAGAGCUUGCGGCCUUACGAUGUCAUGGAUGUGAUCGAGCAGUACUCUGCAGGUCACCUGGACAUGCUGUCUCGCAUUAAGAACCUGCAGACCAGAGUUGACCAGAUAGUUGGUAAAGGUCCUAAAGCUGAAGGAGAGGCUGCAGAGGACCAGAGCAUGAUGGGACGUCUGGUCAAAGUGGAGAAACAGGUGGUCUGUAUGGACAGGAAACUUGAUUUCCUGGUCAAUGUGUAUGUGCAGCGUAUGGGCAUCCCUCGCUCUGAGACAGAGGCCUUUUUCAACUCCAAAGAGCCGUAUCCAGCCCCGCCUUACCACAGCCCAGAGGAGAGCAAGGAGGAGAAGGAGGGAAAAGAGGAGGUGAAGGAGGAAAAGGAGGUGAAGACAUGCUCUGCUGCAGAUGUCCCGUGCUCUGAUGUGUCGGUGGAAAAGAGAGAUCCUUUACUGGGUCGGUCCGUGGCGAGAUCGGUGGGUACUCCCUCCGGCAGCAACAGCCGCCCUUCUACCUCUUGGCAGCACCAACUGCAGCACCCCCUGAGCCAGCCUGCCUGGAACAGCAGCGUGGCCAACACCCCUUCACCGGUCGGUGGCAGCGGCGAGCACUCGCCCACCCUGUUCCGCCUUCCUCCUCCGCCCGCUCCGGUUCACGACCGGUCCUCUUCCGCCCUGGGUGGCAACAGCAGAGAGAGCGGCUCCCAGAGCAGGAGGCGCCACAGGAGGCAGAGGUAUCAGCAGGAUGCCACCGCCGUGGAGAGCGACACCUCUCUCUCCAUCCCGUCUGUUGACCACGAGGAGCUGGAGCGCUCUUUCAGCGGCUUCAGCAUCUCCCAGGCCAAGGAGGACUUCUUUGGGCCUUCUUUCUUUACGGGCUCCGGAGGGGCAGCCGGUGCAGGGACUGAUGCCGGAGCUGGACAUUCACUCUGUGCCAGAGUCAGACCCUUCAUAGCAGAGGGCGAAUCAGACACAGACUCUGACCUCUACGCUCCCUCGCCUCUGUCCUUCACCGGAGAGGUCACUUGUGGAGAGAGGGGAUGGCCAGGACUGAAGUAGGUCAGGAAGGACUGCUCUGCCUGGUGGAGAGGGAUUCAUGGUGAAAGAGGUCGGUGCUGCAGUUGCCAACAGGAGACCUACCAUGAGACUGUGUAGCCAACUGACUGACUGUUGUUGCUGAUGAUUAAAUUACAGACUAUUUUAGGUUACGUGAAUGGGUAUGAUUAGCUAUUUAUUACAGAGGAUGGUGAAAAUACGUUCUUAUUAAAACAACGGGAUUGUCCUUUAUCACCUUUUAUGUUUGUG